CGAUUACAUCUCAAGGUGUUAUCGAUCGCGCCCAUUCGUCGCAAAUCCAAUCAACCACAAACUACAUAAUGACCAAACUGUGCUUUAUUGUUUUCCAAAUUGUUAGAUGAUGGUUUAGCAAAGCUCCAUGUAGUGAACUAUUCUCAGUGGGAUGGAGCAGGAGGCCCCAUCAAAUCUUUUGACGAGGCUGCUAGUCAACGAAGCAGCCGGUUUGUCGUUCACAGCUCUUGCCCUCAAGCUUCAACUCUCUCACAAUGGUCGCCUGGUGGCGGUCUUCGGCAUCGACGGCCAACAGACCCUCAAGGUCAUCCAUGACAAGCCCUACCUGUGCACGCUCUGCGGGGCUUGCUUCACACACACCACACAACUCAGAUGCCACGCUCAGGCCAAGCAUAACUACAUGGAGAAUAUGUCUUCAGGAGGUGGAAGCCAUGUUCUAGAGAGAGACCUUGACAUAAGCAAUCCGGGUCCUGCUUCAACCGUUGGAACAAGACGAAUCUCAACAGAACCAAAAUACUCUGACACCUACGACACCAAGUUAAACUCUGAAAGUAGUGAACUCCUCAAGAGCGCGUUGACCGGGGGUGAUUCGUUACCGUCGUUUCCUGAGAUCGAGUUGAAGAAGGUGAAGAAGGAGUCCGCAGCGUUGAGUGAUGGAGAAGUGGAAACAGACAGGGAGGGUACCACGGGAGACCUCCCGGAGUGUACCCACUGCUCCAAGAGCUUUGCUGGCCAUAAGAACCUGGAGGUCCAUGACAUCAAGCAUUGCGGCAAAGAGAUGCACAAGUGUUCUGCAUGUAAAAUGGCGUAUCUACCCAGCGCAAAAGGACCAAGCACCGGCGAGGAUCAGCCAGAGGAACCUGUGAAUCAGCAGUACCUGAUGAACUCGGAGGGUUCCAACUUCACUCAUAAUAACGAUGAAGGGGAAGGUGCCAAGGUAGAUGUUGAGCUUGAGGAUGGACUGGGCAUUGACUGUGUCCUUUGCGGAGAGACCUUUGGCAUCCUACAACACAUCAUCACGCAUAUCCAUGCAUAUACCUCAUUCCCGUGCACGUUUUGCGACAGCGAGUUCCCGUCCAUGCGAGAGCUCGGCUGGCACUGCAAGCAGAAGCAUGACCUUCUGUUGGUCCGGUGUCCAUUCUGCUCGCGUGGCUUCAGAGAAUAUUCCCAUCUGGCGUUCCACAUGCGGGAGCACAAGGGCCACCUGUUCUGCAAGAUAUGCAAGGUGCAGUGUCUUUCACGAACCAGCUACACCAUGCACAUGGAGAUUCAUGAGAUCAAUACAGAGUUGGAUCUGACGGAUGAUGAUGGAGAAGAAGACAGUGACGAGAUGAGCGAAGGCAGUUCACAGAAGGAGAAAGAGAAGCAUACUUGUCACAUCUGCUCCAAGCCUUUCAAUUCCUUUUAUUCCAUCUUCCACCAUAUGAGAAGAGAACACCCAAUGGAAUCUCUUCCCUCCUACAACCAGGAUCUCGUCAAACGCCGAUUCGUCUGCAAGAAGUGCGGCUUUGCCUUCCGCCGGAAAGACACCCUAGAGCGGCAUGAGCUGAUCCACAAGAGAGGGGACUACCCUCGACGAAGGCCUCCUUCGAAACCCAUCAUCAAGCCAAGACCUGGCAACAUCCUCUGCACGAUAUGUAAUCGAGCAUUCAUGAGGCCUACAAACCUUGAUGCUCAUAUGGAGGAGGCGCAUCCAGAGGAGUGUGACGAGGCUGUCAAAGAGAAGAAGAAAUACUGCUGUGACCUAUGUGGUAAAUUACUGAUGAGCCAGAAGAGUCUGGACCGCCAUAUCCUGGUGCAUCAAGAGCCAAAGUUCACCUGUCCUAUCUGUGACAAGAAGCUGAAGCACGCCGAAACCCUGAAGACUCACAUGCGGACGCACACUGGUGAAAAGCCUUACAACUGUGACAUUUGCAAGCACUCAUUCGCACAACGCUCUUCUUACGUCCAGCACAUGUGUAUUCAUUCCGGAGAGCGCCCUCACGAGUGCGAUGUCUGCAACAAGAAGUUUAUCCGGAGGACAGAGCUCAGGCUGCAUCAGGCAAAGCACUCCAAUGUCCGGAUGUUUCCCUGCAACUCCUGCAGCAAGACGUUCAAGACGGAAAAACAUCGAAAGGUUCACGAGACGCAGUUGCAUUCCGAAAAAGCGCAGUCUUACAUGUGCGAGAAGUGCGGGAAAUCGUUCACAUGGGCGGCAGGUCUGAAGACUCAUGCCUGCAGUCAUAUUGGUGAUGCUCCUUACAAGUGCCAGGAAUGCGACAAGACGUUUUCCCAACCUCUCUUCUUGAAGAGGCACAUGCAUAUUCACACAAAGCCAUUCAAGUGUGAACAGUGCUUUGAAGGAUUCAAGAACAAGACGGAUCUUAAGAACCAUACUGCCCAGAUGCACGGGCCAGGCACUACUACAAGCAACCAGACACAGAGUAUGGUACCAACUCAAGUCCAGGAGCUGAUUUCAGAUCAUAGCUGGAAACCUAAUAAGAUGAUGAUGGAUAUGCCUGUGGACCCAAACAGUCCCCUCUCAAAUCCAAUGUCUGUUCCUGGCCCCAGUCAACACACAGUUCCAAGCCAAAUUCAACAGCCCACCCUCCAACAAGGCCAGUCGUCCCAUUCACCUCAAGUACAGUCGUCCCAUUCGCCUCAAGUCCAGGUCUCGAUGCCUACCCCGGUCCAAGGAGCCAUCUCACACCAUUCCCAUGUGCCGACACAAGGUCAGAUACAAGGCCAAAUGUCAGGUCAACUGCCAGGUCAAAUUCCAGGUCAAAUGCCAGGUCAAAUGUCAUCAUCCCUUACAAACCACACAACUGGUCAAGGUCAUGUCCGGAUGUCCUACACCAAUCGGGCUCCAAUGCCUCUGCAAAAUCAAGCCACAAUGUCACUUCCAAAUCAAGCUACAGCAUCUCACCCGAACCAAGCCUCAUUAUCUCACUCCAACCAAAUCCCAAUGUCCCUUCCAAAUCAUAUCUCAAUGUCUCGUUCAAACCAAGUCGGGCCAAUGUCUCUUUCUAACCAAACCCACAUGCACCGGAUGUCGCAUUCAGUGUCGGUACCUAAUCAGAUGCAGCAGGCGCUCGCCAAUCAUAUGCCUCCGUCCCACCCGAGUCAGGCCCUGUCAUCGAUUCAACAUCGAACCCAGGUCCCGAACCACCAAGCACCAAUGUCUCUUCCGCAUCAAGGCCAGGCUUCUCUUCCAGGGCAGGUCCAAGCCCCAAUGUCUGGUCCAGGUCCUGGUUCAGUCCUUCGUCAGCCCCAUCAUCACUAUCUCCCGAAUCCAAUGAUGCAAGACAGGAACAUGUAUGCAGAGCAGCAGUACCAAGUCCAGGACUCCACAAACCAGGCUAUCGCAGCUAUGCUUACUCAUAUGUCUUCACUCUAACGCAUAAUAGCAGUUGUUGACAUUGUCGUUGCUCCACCCAGAAUGUUUUGAACAGUAAGUAUAAUAAAAGUUAAAAUUAGGUAGAAGAAUUGGCAACUUUUACACAGUCCAUUUUGCUGUUGUCAUCAUCUUACAUCAAAACUGUAUUCAUUUUAUCCCCCUCCUCUAAACCCAAUUGGAAACUAUUUUUAUUUGGUUUAACAUGCACUUUUCAUAACAUGUCCACAAGCUAUUUCAGGCCCUGUAUUAAAAAUAGUUUAGUUCAGUGGUCCUGAAUGUAAAAUGAAAUUUUUCAAACAUUACCAAUUUUAAAUGUCAUGUAUCGUACAAGUACGUAUGUCACAUAGUGUUGUAUGUGUAACAUAUAUGAUUACCAACGAACAACUCAAGACUAAAAUGGAAAAAGAUUUAUGGUUUGUAAAUUUCUGUAUUUUUUGUUUUAGCUCAUAUAACAUUUAUUUAUUAAUUUGUUUUUUGUUUUUAUGAUACAUGUACAUGAACUUGUAUUACAUGUAUAUAUUUCAAUCCAAGUGUUAUCACACGUGUGAUACUGGUAUUCAAGUCUGAAGACUGUUCGCCUUGCAUGAUUUAUGUUUAUUAUUUUGGUAUCUUGUUCUAUUUUGCAUACCUUUGAAAAAGGUUUGCUUUAUAAACGAACCUUUAAAAGGGUUCUACAAAUUUAGACCUGCUAAUGUGGUCUUGAUGAUGAAUAUGACCAAACCGUCAAUCAUGACAGAAAAGUGAACAUUCAAUGAUUUUGACCAAAACAUAUUUUGUUAGAGGUCUCUAACCUGAUUUCUUGACCAAUUUGUUGCACUAGUAUCAAAAAUCAACUUUUGAGAUUGGACAUUUUAAAUUUCAAUGCUUUGUUUAAUUGAUCAAAUGUGCAUAGAUUAUCUUCCAAUGAUAUAAAAUUCAUAAUAGAAGUAAUCAUAACUGUUUCUUGGAAAAUAAUGUUGACCUUCUUUGUUCAAACACCUUGUUUGACUUUGACUUUAAUUCUUGGGCAGGAAUUGCUGUCCAAGGCAAGGAAAGGGUUAGUAAUUUUAAUACAAAUUGUUAGGGUGUGGUAUGUUCUAACGACAGAAACCAGGCCAGUAGGGGGUUAUCCCCAAAAUGAUUGCUAAGAUGAAGCAUAUACCACACCCAGAUAGUCCUUUGCUUGCUGUACAGUCGCAGAAGUAUAAAACCAAAUUCUUCUUUUUGUACGGUAAUUUCUUCAGCUUGCACCCAGUAAAUAAAGAUGGCAUGCCAGAUCUUCUAGGAAGCCUAACACAUUCAAAGCUAGUCGGUUGACUGAUGAAUGUUAAUAAGUUAGAAUUAGGCGAGCUGAGGUCUAUUUCAUCAUGACUGUGCCAUGGACCAGUGAUGGCCUGGAGGUAGAGUCGAUGCGCGGCAAGCAGGAGAUGGCAGGUUCAAAUCCCUCUAGUUUCAAGAUUUUUCUGACUUGUUUUUAAUGACAAGAUCAAGCUCACAAUCUUUAUUUACGUGAUGCAAGCCAAAUUUCUGUACAAAUUGAAAUUACUCCCAGGAAGCAUAAGAUUCAAAGCUUGCAAAUAUUUAUUUUACUUUAUAGUGGAUUCUCAUUACAUGUAGGCCUACAAAAAUAUUCAGUUUCCUGUAAAUUAUUUAUCAGUUUGCCUUUGGACGUUAAGAAAAUAGUAUAACACUCUUUGAUAUUUCAAGUCAACUCAAACAACUUAAUAUGCUAGUCUUUGUUGACCAUCCAUUAUUUCCAAUAUUGAUUUGAUGUGUGGCUGGUGUUAGUUUGGGUGAAUAUCGGCAUCCCGAAGCAAAUUUCUUGUAAUAAGUUUGGUUGCUCUCUGGUAAAUGUUAUACUAACCCUUUUUGAAACAUGGCAGGGAUUUAUUUAUUGCCUAAUGAAAAAGUGAAAAUGUAUGGUAACUACCUAAUUGGAGUAGAUUUGUGUCAAACAAGUACAUAUUUCUGAAGCUGCAGUCAUUUGAAUCAAACAACUUUCUGCUUACCGGUAUCUCAAUAGUGUGUCCAUGUUUGGCGUAAGAGCCCAGUGCACUUAUUCCCUAUUAGCGAGCCGCCUGGUAAAUGGUAAAUUAACUUCCAUGACUAAUUUCUACAAAAAGGGAUAUAUGGAAUGUGAUAUUUUUUUUAAUAUCAACAACUUAAAUCAAUCUUGUUUUCAAUUUUUACUUUAUAAAGUAAAAAACUGCCAACUUUGUAUUCUUUCUUUCUUGGUAUUCUAAUUUGCAUUUCAUAAAUGCAAAUUUAGUUUUAGGAGAAUUUUCCACAAGACAGCUGUAUUCCUUGAUUAUCACACUGUCCAAUGCACUAUUAAUAUUUUGCAUCAUAGCUCAGAAUCUGUUUAAAAAGUACCUUUGUGCUUUUCUCUCAAUGUCUGCCAUCGCUUCCAGAAGAACUGAUUACCUUGUUAGGAUCUUGACCGGCAGGAAUUUGUUUACCCUUGCUCUAAUUUGAGUGAAAUAUGCCAUUUGGCAUCGCAGGGUACGAGUGAUGAAGACCAAUGCUAUUUUACACACUGAAGGAAUGCAUUAAAUGUGUGUGUUUAAUUGGUUUUUACAGACGUGUAUAAUCAGGUAUGAUGAUUAACAUCUGGAGACCGACCUUUAACGUCACCAUCUAAAAGACGUGACUCAGUUUUCGAACAGGGUUGCCUGAGCCAGUUUGUUGGCGUAGACAGAGAGCUGACUAACUCACAUCUCCCUUGCCGAUUACAGGGUGGUCUACAAAAAGGACAGAAUUUCUUACUAGGGUCCAGGGUUCGCUGAAGGGCUCAAGGAUUCUCCACAUGCCUUCUGAACCACAUUGCGAAGCAUUUCAAACAAACUUCAUUGACUAAUAUUCAAUAAGUUAUUUUGGUUGAGAAUGAGUCGAGUUAACCUGUCGAUAAUUUUCAAACCUGCAGAAUCAAAAUUCAAACCGGUCGCUGUUCCAUGUUCAUACCCUUUAUGGACAGACAACCCUGCCGAUUCAUCACUUUGUCAUGGAGAAUUUGCCCAUGAUAUUUUUUCAUCUGAAAUCCUCCACGCUUUAUAUUAUGCACUUUGAGAACCAAUAUGGUUGUUGACCAGUAUGGCUGACAUGUUUGAGGAAACAUACCGUUAUAGUAUUUUAUUUAUGGAAAGCAAUCCCUAAAUUGCUUUUUUCUUGUCUCCCUGUCUUGCAGGGAAUACAAAUGGUCAAUGUAUUGUGGCUGAAGAUGUAGAGGAGUUUUAACCUUGUAUAGUGUUACUUUAAAACUCUUC